UAAACAUUUUCAUCGACUCGAAAUUAAAUACCGCAACGUGACCGCACUUGUUUUUGAAAUGCCCUUUUACAUAUACGUUGAUGGCCACACUGUAGCGUUCCAAGGAAAAAGGCGAUUUGCAGUUACGAACAUUGAUAUACACCACGAUGUUGGGCGUACUAAAUGAUUAUUGCCAAUUGGCAAUAAUCAAAUAUUUAAACUUGAGCGAUCAAUUAGCACUUUCGGAAGCCAGUGAAAACGAUUGCAAAAGCAUAAACAUAAAUCUGAUCUCCACAUGGGAACAACAAUCCCGGAUAAAACUAAGUUCAAAGAAUUGUGCGACGCUUAAAAGAAACCGAUCGUUGUUGAGCAUAUUUCUGUCCAGCAUCAGUGUGAAAGUGGAGGAAAUGGAGCUGGUGCGUGCACCAAUGGAAUUUUUGAAGAACUGCGAAAAUUACUCUUUACCAAGAGUACAAAUAUUAUCCUACACAUUGGAUGACUCUUGUAAUGCUGUUGAAGCACAAAAAAUAUUGACGAACAUCUUUCCUGGCGUGCGUUGUGUGAUGCCUGAUAAACAUUUUUGCUACUGCUUGUUGCCAAAAUGGAGGCAGUUCCGGAAGCUAGUCAUUAGAAAAUUCGUCAGAGUUAACGACCCAACCCGUCAUUGUGACCUUCCACAGUCCCGGUUGAUUGAGGAAUUGGUUGCAUCUGACGCUUACAUGAUUGGCCAUUAUUUCGGCAAUGUUAUGUAUUUGCCCAAGCUGCGGACAAUUACCAUUUGCCUGAUCGACACAUAUGAAGAAACAAGUAACCCAACCUACAGACCGCUUUACAUUUUCAAAUUUUUAAACAAAUACGGCGUCACUGAAGACAAGAUUCGCGGCGUGAUGCUGGAGAGAGUUUGGUGCUUCGGUGUGUGCGAUGUGGUUAAAUCAUUAAGAAACCUUGUGCGUCUGGGUCUCGACCGCAGGAGCUGCUCAAAUGAGAAAAGUCUCUGGGAAAUUGUAGCCAAAAGACCAUCGCUGGAGAUCCUGGAUAUAACAAGCAUGAAUCUUGGACGGCACUUUUUUUCAAAGAACCGACGUCGCAUGAACAGAACAAUGCACAAUCGCUAUGCUCAUUUGACAGUCAUUUACGCUAAUAUUGGCAAAAACGAAGGGCUGAUUCGUCGUUACUUCACGCAUCCUCGACUGCAACUUAUACCGGAUCACAAAAAACAAAAAAACGUUCUUGGACCCAUUAUAAAAUUAGAAUUAUCUCCUUUACAUGAAAUUUAAACUCAACUCCAACUAAUGUUGCAGUUAUAAGUUUAGAUAUAAAUUAAAUAAUUUGAAUUUAUAUAUUGUUACGAUGGAUUUGGAAAGAAUUAAUUCCAAUCGAAGAAUAUAUGCAAUUGAAUGCAUUUUUGGAGUGAAGUUUGAACCCAACAUUUAAAGCGUUUUUUAAGUUUUUACUAUAUA